AGCAAUUUGAAUAAGUUGGUUUGACUUUGUCUAAGAUAAAGGCUGGUUUGCUUUUACCACUCUCCUACUGUCUCAAAGCUCACCCAUCAUUUACACAUUAUUUUUACAUGUGAGAGUCGACUAUGCAACAUUCUGACUAAGAUAAAGCUCUAGGAAGAUAAUUCACAAUGAAUGGUGGAAAUGACCUCGACAGCUAAAGCCAGAAUUCCAGAUGAAGGAAAGUGACUUGGAGCCACAGAAUCAUUAUGGAGACUUUCCAGUGUUUAUCUUCCUAAUAUGUGGGUCUUAAAGUUAGCACAUAUAGUCUGGAUUAAUUGGGAGUACCAGAUGCAUCUAGAAUGAGGCAGAAUUCCUGAAGUUAGACCUCAAAACUCUUUGGUCGCAUAUGGACAAUAUCAAACCUCGCAAUCUGAAAUUAAGGUCGAUAAGAUGCACCACUCUUUGCCAGUUUCCUACUACCUUUGAAUUGUUCUUUUCAAGGGCACUGACAGUGGCCAAAAUUCUGUAAGAUUUUUCUUUCUAUCGCAUUAAUCAGCCACCCAAAGUUGUCUUCUUCUUCCCAGGUUUCUUGUCCUACGUACGCAGCGUUUACAGGUACUACGGCAUUACAAUCUAUAAAGCAAGAUGGAAGAGCAGGGAAUUAAGGCGUCACGAUCGAGGGGCCAAGACCUCUAAAACCAGACAUGCACUUCAGCCUAGGUGUGCGUUUGUUUGAGCCCGUGUGUGUUUUUGAGAGGGAGAGAGAUGGAGGAUGAAAAAACCCGUGCGUUACCUGAAUCAAAAGCAAUGAAUGGAGGCGAGGGCCCUUGCAGCUAUGCUCAAAACUCCUCCUAUCAGAGAGGAGUUGUGGAAGCUGCCAAAAUAAGGAUCAACGAGGCCAUAGCCAAUCACUUCGACAUUGAGUCCCAUUCUACUUCUCUAGGCCCAGUGUUUAUAGCGGAUUUGGGUUGUUCUGCAGGACCCAAUGCCUUAAUUGCAGUGCAAAACAUAUUAGAGGCCAUUGAUCUUAAAUACAAAUCAAAAGGACUAGACGCUCAGAUCUCAGAAUUCCUAGUGUUCUUCAAUGACCACGUCUCCAAUGACUUCAACACUCUCUUCAAAUCCCUCCCACCCAACAGGCAAUACUUUGCAGCUGGGGUGCCGGGUUCUUUCUACCGUCGCUUGUUUCCAAAGGCAUCUCUUCAUUUUAUGCACUCCUCUUGUGCACUGAACUGGCUGUCGAGGGUCCCCAGACAGGUCAUGGAUGAGGCCUCUCCUGCAUGGAAUAAAGGGAGGAUUCACUACACAAAUGCGCCAAGGGAAGUUGUGGAGGCCUAUGCAACUUGGUUUGCCAAGGACAUGGAGUCCUUUCUGACAGCUAGAGCACAAGAGCUUGUUGUUGGAGGGCUAUUGGCACUUUUCGUACCUGCCAUCCCCGAUGUCAUGAGUAAUUCUGACACAUUUACGGGUACAGAGAUGGAACUUCUAGGAUCUUGCCUCAUCGACAUGGUCAAAGUGGGAUUGGUCGGUGAAGCAAAGGUGGAUUCUUUCAAUUUGCCGGUUUAUUACACCUUCCCCAAGGAACUGAAGGCAUUGAUAGAAAGAAAUGAGCAUUUCAGCAUUCAGAGAAUGGAAAAAUUGAAUAACCAGAAGAAGCAUCUCAGCCUGCCGAAUCCCUCAAUGCGUAGUUUAUACUUGAGAGCCGUAUUGGAAGGAGAAGUUGCUAAGCAUUUUGGGAAUGAGAUCAUGGACGAUUUGUUUAAUAGAUACACUAAAAAGGUUGCAGGGUCGUCCUUUUUCUUAAACCCAGAGACCGAUAAAUCCACUAUAAUCUUUGUCCUUCUAAAGCGAAAGAAUUAAACUGGUUUAGUUUCAUCAAAACCAAAUUGUGAUGGGACACGAAUUCCUACAGUUCUUUUUGAGUAAUCGUCUUCGAUGAGUUAUAUUCUUUUUAGCUCCUGUUUGCGUUCUGCACUAAUUGGUGUGCUGAGAUUUUGUAUUGCCUACUCUGGUUGUAAAAGAUUUAUUCAUUUGUUUC